GUUCUUCCCCCCUUUACCUGGUGCUUGCAGGGCUGUGUGGCCCGGGCAGGGCAUGAAGAGCUCUUGUCAGCUCUCUUUGUCUCUUUUGUGGUUGCUUUUCUUCUCACCCCCCUGCCUUGUGAAUCUCACUGCCUGCUGUGUGUCUUGUGGUCUUUGCCUCCUCGCUCUCCUCUGCCUGCGUUGGUAAUGAGAAACUGAAGAAGCACUUCACUGCCUCCCUGGGAGCCGCAUCCCCCUGCUGGGAAGGGGUGGGCAGCCUUGGCAGGUGGAGUAUGGUUUGCUUUCCGCAAACAUCAGAUGUGCCGUUGGGACAGGCGACUGAAAAAUGAGCAGGAUUAGAAAGGGAGGCUCAGAACGCAGGUUGGCAGCAACCUGGAGGAGGUCUUGGUGGGCUCUGAGGAGAGGCUGCAGCCUUUGUUUCCCAGCUCCACCGGGAUGAAAGCUAGAAAUGCCUGUUGGCCUCUGCUCCCUGGCUUGAGCCUGGGCUCGCAGGUCACAGGCAGGCAGAGAUGGAGGCCCUUCCUGGGUUCUAAGAGCAUCAAUUUUAAGGCACCCAAGUCCCUCCCUUUCCAGGCAUGCUUGACACUGUGGCACACCCAGGCCAUACUACUAACCCCUGGUCUCUCCCGGGGAGUCAAAGCCUCCUGGCCAACCUUGCCAGCUUCACUCUCACAGGUGGUGAGGAUCUCCAGUCGGUGUAGCCUGAACAGAAAGAGUCUUGGAAGUGCUAGACUCUGCUGUCUUCUCAAGCUCCCUGCCUGCAGGCGUGGGGGCCUCAUCCCCUGUGCCGUGUCAGAUUGGUGUCGUGCCAGGCACCUCAGGUUUUGCAGGCAAAAGAGUGAGGACACAGAGAGGUAGGGCAGCUGGCCCAAAGCCACACAGAACUUGUUUCCGGGCCUCUAUGACCCAAGUCAGUAAUUGCAAGAAAUCUGGCGCUAAUAGGAAAGAGGGGGUGUCUUGGUUGUCACUGGGGGAGCUGAGUCUGAGGGAAUCUUGCAGAGGCUUUUGUCUGUGCUUCCUUGCAGUAGCCCAUUACAUAUCUUUCCCACAGGACUUCUCACCCCCACCCCCAUGGAUCUGGCCAAGGGUCCCAGAAAAAAACAAAAUAGGGGCAAAGCAGGAGUUCCAUUUGUCAGUCUCCUGGGCAGCUGUCCAUCUUUUCUGCAUCCCACUCAGUACCAGUGCAUCAUUUGGGUGGAUUGUGGUUUUCAUGCCCCGCAAAGGGCUUUGGGAUUCAAGAAGGGACUGGAGUCAGGGUGGACAUAUGAGCCAGCUGCCCUUAAAACCGGUUCCUGAUAUCGUCAAUGCUAGCUAUCCAGCUCACCACCACCCCUGUGCAGCUGUGCACCGUUGCUACCCUAAGGCCUGCGAUGGCUCCCCAUUGUCCACAGGGUAAAGUCUCAUCCUUAAGGCUGAUGGAUCUUGAGUCGGAUGCAGCCUGCGGUUUUGGCAGUCUACCUCAGGCCACGGCACACCUUUUUUGUGGCUCCUUCUCACUGCCAUCACCCCUCUCUUCCGUGGGUCAUUCCCGGAUCGUUCUGUUUUUCCCAUGACACCCUUUUCUUUUCCUCUUGAGAUGGGGGUCUUGUAUUGUCCACACUGGCCCUAAACUCCUGGUUUCAAAUGAUUCUGGCCCUCCUGCCUCAGCCUCCUGAGAAGCCAGAACUACAGGCAAACACCAGUUUCCAUUUGACACUACAUAAGAGCUGCUUCCAAGUUUCUGUCAGCUUCCCCUACUGCAGAGGGUCCAGCCAGCACUGCAACCCCAGAUGUAGCUCAGUGCCCGAUGCCAUGAGCCAUCCCACUCGUGAACAAUCCCUCCCCAAACCUCCCCCAGUGCAGCUUUUCGCCAUCUUGAGCCCCAGCCCCGCCUGUUAUAUGUCUCCAUUUUGCCACUGACUCACCUGUUUAGGGCUCAUCAUUUAGUUUCCCCAAGAGUGCUGUUCUCAGAAGCAGGCAGAAUUUGUCUUUUGUCUCCAUCCUGUGCCCAGGACAAUGAUGGGCACAUAGCAGGCACUCAGUCAAGAGUUGUUGGUUAUGAAUGACCGAGUCUUUGAACAAGCAAAAGAAUGAGAACACCUAACGGGGAGCUGUCAACCUGCCUGAAAACCAACCUCUCCCCUGCCCUUCAUAGCCUUCUCUCCGUGGAGCUCGAAGCUGGGCACGCUGGGGACCAUGCAGAGGGCUGGGGCCGGGGCCCGCAGGGCCUCUGACUGCGGGCCCGCACCUUACCGGCCCAGGUGCAUUGCCAAGUUUGCCCAGUAUGUGGGAUCCUUUCCUGUAGAGGACUUGGACACACAGGAGGGUGUGUACCUUGUACAGCAGCAGCUGUGGGCACUGCAGGACUGUUCCCGACGCCGUGCCGUUAUCCUGAAGUUCAGUCUUCAGGGUCUCAAGGUCUACAGUGGGGAGGGCGAGGUGCUCCUGAUGGCCCAUGCCCUGAAGCGGAUCCUCUAUGCCACCUGGUGCCCAGCUGCCUGUCAGUUUGCUUUUGUUGCCCGGAACCCGAGAAGCCCAGCCAGCAAGCUUUAUUGCCACCUCUUUGUGGGGAGCCAGCCUGGAGAGGUCCAUAUCCUGUACCUGCUGCUCUGCCGCUCCUUCCAGCUUGCUUACCUCUUGCAACACCCUGAGGAGAGGGCGCAGCCUGAGCCCUGCCUGGGACCUAUGGGGGACAUGUCUCCAAAGCCACUCUGCAGCCCUGGGACACCCCCUGUCCUAGUGCGAGAGCCCUUCAGCCGGGACCAGCUGUCACAGAAUGUCCACGCUCUGGUUUCCUUCCGCCGAGUUCCUGCAGAAGGGCUACUGGGCGGUAGUGGGAAGGAGCUGCCAGAGCCCGAGGGCCGUGGGGGCCCCCGUCACACUCGCCUGGGAAACCCCUACUGCUCCCCCACACUGGUGCGCAAGAAGGCCAUUCGCAGCAAGGUGAUCCGCUCCGGGGCCUACCGAGGCUGUACCUAUGAGACACAGCUGCAGCUGUCAGCCCGGGAGGCCUUUCCUGCCGCGUGGGAGGCAUGGCCGCGCAGCCCUGGUGGUCCCUCGUGCCUGGUGGAGAAUGAGGGUAGCCUCACAGAGAACAUCUGGGCCUUUGCUGGCCUCUCCAAGCCCUGUGCUCUGGCCCUGCUGAGGAGAGAUGUGCAUGGGGCCUUCCUACUGUGGCCAGAGCCCGGUACCAGUGACCAGUGGAGCUUGUCUGUACGGACCCAGUGUGGUGUGGUGCCUCACCAGGUCUUCCGGAACCACCUGGGCCGGUACUGCCUAGAGCACCUGCCAGCGGAGUUCCCCAGCCUGGAGGCCCUGGUGGAGAGCCACGCCGGGAUGGAGCGCAGCCUGUUCUGCCCACUCAGCAUGGGCCGUCUCAACCCCACUUAUGAAGAGCAGGACUGUGGCCCUGAGGGCAGGCUCCCACGGACUCUGAGGCCCCUCAGCCAUGCCAAGUCUGAGGCAGAGCUGCAAGGCCUUGGCUAGGACGUAAGGCCUCAGUCCCCUGUGGGCCCAGCCCUGUCCUUGGGCUCUGGGCUGUGACACUCACUCUGCCCUUCUUGUACCCCACUCACUAGUCACCAGCUUCAAACAGGUCAAUCUGCCCCUUGAUCAGUCUUCCAUCACUCCACUGCCCACGGGAGGGGAGCCCUAAGGUUGGAGUUGGAGAUAACAGGGCUUCUCCCAGGACCUGGGGCCAACUGAGAUACCAGGAUGAGCAGGCACGUAGAGCUAAGUGUCUGGUAAUGCUAGGUGACUUUGGGUGGUGGCCACUGUCCUCCUAGUGCAGAGGCUUUCCCAGCAGUUCAAGGAUGUGGGUGCAGCCCUUACUGGAGGAGGCCAAGCCUCUGUUGGACAGGGAGCCCCGGAGAGCUCCCAUAGGGAACCAGAUGCUUAGGGAAUUGCAAGUUUCCACCCUCUGUUCAUUUCCUGGUGUCACUCCACUGAGUAGGGCCUACAGUAGGCAAACCACAGUUGGUUUGGUAGCUGCUUUAGGAAGCCAUCUCAUGCUGGCUUUAAUACAGUGCUGGCCAUUAGACAUGGCUGGCACUGGUCACCUCCUUAGUAAGUCACCCCCCACUUGCAAUGGAAAACUAGAACUAACCCAAACCCCACAGAGAGGGGUGUGGCCUUAUCAAUGGGAGAUCCAGGGACACAUUCUAGAGGAAGGCAGGGGCCCAGACAGCAAUGACAAAUCCAAGUGUCCCUUAAGUCAACUAAGCAGAAUAUAUGAAUCUACCCAAAAGAACAGACUUCUUAGCUUGACCGUGGUGACACACGCCUUUAAUCCCAGCACUCGGGAGGCAGAGGCAGAAGGAUUUCUUGUGAGUUUGAGGACAGCCUGCUUUACAGAGUGAGUUCCAGGACAGGCAGGGCUACACUGAGAAACUCUGUCUCAACAAAACAAAACAAAACAAAAAAUCAAGACUACUUUUGGAAACAGAGGUGUAGGCACAGGUGGGAGAGGAUGUCUGUACUCAGUGCCUUGAUGGCCAGGUUUUGGUGGAAGCCACGGGUUUGGGGUUUUGGAACCAGAGGGAAGGGGGGCAGCCUCUACAGAGCAGAAAGAAGACAAACCUGGGAGUAAGAGGCAGGCCAGGCCUGGUGCUUCCAGCUUCCAGCCCCCCCCCCCACCACACACACACAGAUAAGCCCUUAGCUAAGGACAUUGUCAUUUCUUUCAAGUGACAUGUUUCAUGAGGGAUGGAGAGAAGCGUGUGGGACCCUUUCACAGGAGAUAACACUUCCCAGAGACUGAACGCGGGUGAUAUUCCUUCCAUGGCCAUUUCCUCUGGCAUCCCCACUCCCUGAGUAGGGCCUGGUCCCCAGUGGGAGCAGAGGGAUUACUCCAGAGAGUUAAACCUAAGAAAAGCUGAUAACUAAUUGACCCAGACUUUAGGCCAGGGCUCACCUCCAGGAGAGUAUGUUCAUAGUGUGAAUUGUCGAUGUGUACAAUACCCAGGGAUAUUUCAGCAUGUCCAAGGGGCUAGCCCUUCCCCAGGCCCUUUAACAUUUUUUCCAAAGCAUUUAUUGAUCACAUGGUACAAACUGCACAGUUUGGAGCCCAUGAGUUCAUACUGUCUUAAUUAUAGACCAUAGUUCUGUCUUUGUUCAAACCAUCACCAAGCCCCCCUGUGUGGACUUUGAGAUGAAUAAAACACAUUUCUUC